CUUGGCACUGAACUAGAAUCUUUGCGAGGAAAGCGGAAUCCUGCGUGCACGUCUCCCACUGGACUCCGGUCACCAGGCAGCUCUGUUCCCCCACGGCCUCCAGCAUCAUGUGGUACACCACCACCCGGGGAAUGGCCCCACGGGUCAACUUUGAGGGGGCCCUCUUCUCUGGAUAUGCACCGGAUGGGGGCCUCUAUAUACCGGAAGAGCUUCCGCAGCUGGACCGAGAGACCCUGCGUCACUGGAGCAAGCUUUCCUAUCGCAGCCUGGUGAAGGAGCUGUGCGCCCUCUUCAUUGGCCAGGAGCUUAUUCCAAGACAUGACUUAAAUGAUCUGAUUGACCGAGCCUUCAGCAGAUUCCGCCACAAAGAUGUGGUCCAUCUGUGCAAGCUUCAGAAUGGGCUGAACAUAUUGGAGUUGUGGCAUGGGGUCACAUACGCCUUCAAGGACUUGUCCCUGUCCUGCACAGCGCAGUUCCUGCAGUACUUCCUGCAGAAGAGGAAGAAGCAUGUCACCAUUGUUGUAGGAACUUCUGGGGACACAGGAAGUGCUGCCAUUGAGAGUAUCCAAGGAUCCAAGAAUGUAGACAUCAUAGUUCUGUUGCCCAAAGGCUACUGCUCGAAGAUUCAGGAGCUCCAGAUGACAACGGUGCUGAAGGAGAACGUCCAUGUGUUUGGAGUGGAAGGAAACAGUGAUGAGCUUGACGAACCCAUCAAGGCCUUGUUUGCUGAUGAGGCUUUUGUCCAGAGGCACAACCUGAUGAGCUUGAACUCCAUCAACUGGUCUCGGGUGCUGGUGCAGAUGGCGCACCACUUCUUCGCUUAUUUUCAGUGUGCACCCUCCUUGGACAGGCACCCCCUGCCCCCUGUGGAAGUGGUUGUGCCAACAGGGGCUGGAGGGAACCUUGCAGCUGGGUGCAUUGCUCAGAAGAUGGGCCUGCCCAUCUGCCUGGCUGUGACAGUGAAUCGCAAUGACAUCAUUCACAGGACUGUGCAGAAGGGAGAGUUCUCUCUGUGUGACGUCAAACCAAGCCUGGCAUCUGCUAUGGACAUUCAGGUGCCCUACAACAUGGAGAGGAUCUUCUGGCUGCUCUCUGGCUCUGACAGCCAGGCAACAAGGGCCCUCAUGGAACAGUUUGAAAAAACCCAAAGUCUGCACCUACCAGAGGAGCUACAUAGCAAGCUUUCAGAGGCAAUGACAUCUGAGUCGGUAUCUGAUGAGGCCAUCACCCAGACCAUGGGCCGCUGCUGGGAGGAGAACAAGUAUCUACUGUGCCCCCACUCAGCUACAGCAGUGAACUACCAUUACAAGCAGACUGAUGGUGGGCAGUCCAGCAUCCCCAGGUGCUGCCUGGCCCCUGCCUCUGCAGCCAAAUUCCCAGAAACUGUCCAGGCCGCUGGGCUGACUCCCCAGACUCCUGCAGAGAUCCUAGCCCUGGAGCACAAGGAGACACGCUGCAUCCUGAUGCGGAGGGGAGAGGACUGGACACAGAUGUUGCGGGACACAAUUGAGGGCCUGUCCCAGCGGUGGACAGCUUGUGCAGGGAACCCCUCAGAAUAGCCAUCCUGGAACUGGUUUGAAGACUCAUGUCCCAGGGCUGGCUGGGACAAGAUAGUAGCUAAGAACUCUCACUGCUCUUCCAGGGGACCCAAGUUUAGUUCCAAGCACCUAUGUCAGAUGGCUCACAACUAUGUUAUAACUCCAGGAGUUCUGACACCUCUGGCCUCUGUGGGCAGUGCACUUGUGCACAGAUACACACACCUAUGUAUGAUUAAAAAUAAUAAAAAUAAAUAUUUUUAAA